AUGAACUUGGCCAAUCCUAUCAUCUCACCAGCUUAUUCGACUACUUACAAUUACAUUUACGAUCGCAAGUUUAUCCUUCCCAGGGAUAAUUUUGACUGCAAUGCACGUGAUAACGUGAAGAAAGGAAGUAGUUAUCUUUCAACAUCUGGUAGUUCUUCAACUGAUAUAUCAGAUGAGGAUGAGAUUUGCAUCAUAGAAACGCCACGUCGAUCUGGCAAAGAAACUCAACAAAUGAGAGGCCCUAAAAGCUUUUCUGGCAGCAUAGGAAAAAGGCUCGACAACUGUCUCGACUUCAAAGUAGAAAUAUUUGAACCAAUCCCAACAAAAUUGCCAGACCUGAAUACUGAUUUGCUAAGUAUCGAUCAAAAAUAUCUGUAUCAGAUGGGCUCCGCAAUUUCUGCUGGUACGGUAUCACAAAACUUAGCAAUUAAAGAUCCAGAAAAACUGACACAUUCUCGAUGGUUGACUUGCGCAAACAGGAUUUUUUGGUUAUAUAUUGGAACAGCUAACCCGACAGAAAACUUGAAAGAAUUAGUCAAUUUUAUCACGAAAGCAGUAGAAAGGUGCGUCAAGCUCUUGACAGAGGCUUCAAUAUCUGUUUGUGGACCAGAAGCUAGAGAUAGAUUUAUUCGAACCAGAAUAAAAGCCAGGCAAGAUAUACAAAUUUUCAACACCAAAUCUCAGUAUUUUGAUAAAAAAAAAGGUGCGGAGACUUUGGAAUAA